AUGCUCAGUAGCAAGCGUUCACACAUUCGCGCUGUCCUGGCCUUUGCUUUCCUCGCUCUGCUCCUAGUCUGGAGUAUCGCCGGCUUGGGUGUCACAAGCAAGUCCAGGUUACUUCCACUAUCAAGUGAAGCAUCACAAGCUGGACAGCUGCCAUGUCACGAGUUACCGGGCGCAAGUGACACCUUCGUCAUCCUUCGCACCGGCUCUACAGAGAUAGACGACCGGUUCGCUAUCCAUCUGUCUACCAGCAUACGGUGCUUCCCGAACUACCUCAUUUUCUCGGACUUCGACGAGGACUAUCUUGGCGAGCACAUCAUUGAUGCCUUGGCGGAUGUCGACCCAAAGUACCAAGAGAGUAGCCCGGACUUUGAUCUUUGGCGCCGACUCCAGAAUGGCGGCCGAUCCACGCUGGAUACAUCAGAGCUUGCUGGUGAUCCUGAUCGGUUCUCAAGCAUGACUGGGAAGGCUGACAAUCCAGGCUGGAAACUGGAUAAGUGGAAAUUCCUGCCUAUGGUCAACAGGACAUUGCACGAACGGCCCAAUAUGAAAUGGUACGUCUUCAUAGAAGCGGAUUCUUUCUUGCUUUGGUCUCAGCUGCUGCAGUACCUCUCUGUGUUGGAUUCGACCCAGCCAAUUUACGCCGGAAGUCAAAUGUUUGCCAAUGGUGACAUCUUCGCGCACGGCGGCUCUGGAUUCAUCGUUUCGCAGCCGGCCUUGCGACAAAUUGUGCCUUACUACUCCGCCAACAAGGCCACAAUCGAGCAGUUCACAGAGGGACAUUGGGUGGGCGAUGCCGUUCUAGGCAAGACAUUCACAGAUUCGGGUGUGCGUUUCAAGAAUGCCUGGCCAGCCUUCCAAGGCGACUACCCUGGUCUCGUGCCGUAUGCACGCGCGGACGGCCGCUCUGUGCCGGAUGAAUCGCUCCGAGAAUGGUGCUAUAACACCAUAUCUUACCAUCACAUGUCGCCGUCAAUGAUUCGGGAGCUGUGGAGUUUCGAACAGGAAUGGAUGACCAAACAUAAUGCAACAUCCGAGACUAUACGUCACAAGGAUAUCUUUACCAAUCUGGUGAUGCCUCAGAUGAUGUCGCCUCGUACCGAUUGGGACAAUCUGAGCGACAAGGAAGAGGGCGUGCUUGGGUCUUUGGAGGACUGCCGGCGGCGUUGUCAAGAGCAAUCGGAGUGCAGACAAUACUCCCUCGAUGCGGACCAAAUGUGCCGAACACGUGUCGAUCCUCGACUGGGUAAGGCGGUCAAGGACCUCAGAUCAGGUUGGAUUGAAGAUCGCAUAGUUGAUUUCCAACGAAACAUGGCACCUUGUGGUAGCGAGGGCUGGCCGCUAUAG